UUCAUUUCAUUUUUUCUCUUUUUUAAGCUUUUUAAGCUUUUUUUAUCUAUUUUGCUAUUGCUAACUGGUUCAAUACUGUGGCUGUAAACUAGUUAAUAGUUGCAAAAAUGGCAAAAGAAGAAAAAGAUGCAACAGGCAACGAAAUGAAAAAGUCUCGAAAGCCUCAGGAUGGAGCUUUCAGACAGCAACGGUUACCAGCUUGGCAACCUGUCUUAACGCCUAGAACUGUAUUGCCUACACUAUUUGUGAUUGGCAUUAUUUUCUGUCCAGCUGGUGGUCUGCUUUACUGGAAUAGCAAAAAAGUAGACCAAAUUAUGAUCAACUAUUCGUACUGUCAACAAUACAAUACUCCCGUUUAUUUAGCACCCAGUCUAUACGAUUAUCAGUUAUCAGAUAGUAAAAUUGACAUGGCAUCAAUACAAGCACCUGCCUAUUCUUACAAAAAUGAAACGAGCUUUCUAGAUACAACUUGGGGAAACCCCAAUCAGCUUAGUAUUCCAAGAUGUACAAUUGACUUCAGUGUACCUGUUGCAAUGAAGCCACCAGUAUUCAUGUAUUACAGAUUAACAGAAUUUUAUCAAAAUCAUCGACAAUAUAUCAAGAAUUAUGAUGCCACACAAUUACAAGGAGAUGCUAUUAGAGGAUCUACACUGCAUACGAGUUGCGACCCAUUAGCAUAUAAUGAUGCGGGCAAAAUUGUUUUUCCUUGUGGAUUAAUAGCAAAUUCUAUGUUUAAUGAUACGGCAUCAGAUUUGACACGUAUUGAUCAAGGUUCGAGUGAAACUAUUAAGUUGAGUACGUCUGGCAUCGCUUGGCCUUCCGACAGAAAGAAAUAUGGAAAAACCAGCUAUGCAAUGUCAGAAAUUGUGCCUCCACCCAACUGGUCUUUGCGUUAUCCCAACGGUCAGUAUUCAGAUCAAUAUCCUCCACCCGAUUUAUCAACAAUGGAAAGAUUACAUGUCUGGAUGCAUGUAGCUGCUUUACCUGAUUUUCGUAAAAUAUGGGCUCGUAAUGAUAAUACAACAAUAGAAGCAGGCAGAUAUAGGAUCGCAAUUGACAUGAAUUUCGACACAUUACAAUAUGGAGGCGAAAAAUGGCUCGUGUUGACUACAACAACUGCUAUGGGAGGUCGUAAUCCAUACUUGGGUAUUGCUUAUAUGGCUGUAGGCGGUUUAUGUAUAUUGUUGGGAAUUAUACUUACUAUUCGGCACUUGGUGAAGCCGAGAAAAUUAGGAGAUGAAUCAUAUCUGUCAUGGAAUCAACCAGGAGGUGGAUUACCUAAUAGAAAGAAUCAAGUCAAACAACAUCAGGAUUAACAACGCUUUUUGACAUAACAGUGACGUACACGUUCAAUUUGUAGUAGUAAUAUUUAAUCUGAUUUUUUUUUUUUCAUGCCUGUACCAUUAUUCGAAUUUCAAACUCUUUUAUUAUUUUUGCUUUAUUUACGCUUUCAUUUUUUUUUUUUUUUGACAUCAGUAGAUCUUUAUCA